AUGAAUCCUCGGCCAGAUUCCAAUGAGGAUACUGAAAAAGCACUGAGACCAGCUCUUAUCUCCUUCAAUUCUCUCACAACACUGUGCGAAGACGAAGCAAAUUGUGAACACAGCGACAAUACCAAGGCCCUACCUAUCUCGGCUGCUCAGUCAAUACCAGAUUCUGAACAUUUCCAAAGCAGUCAUGAAGCUCUUUCCACACGGGCAUCUGUGACGUGGGAUGGGCCAGAAGACCCAGAAAACCCGAAGAACUGGAACCGACGACGGAAAUGGACAACAUCCUUGAUCAUCUCAGCAUUCGCGUUCCUGUCUCCUCUGUCCUCGUCGAUAGCCGCCCCCGCUCUCGGACCGAUCGGUCACGACUUACACAUCACCGACGAGGUCCAGCUCCAGUUGGUGCUUUCGAUAUUUCUCUUGACAUACGCCUUGGGGCCGUUUAUCUUAUCACCUUGCUCAGAGAUAUGGGGGCGAACGCCAAUCGUCAGAGUUGGGAACUUGAUCUUCAUCGCCUCUACUACCCUCUGUGGUUUUGCAGCAUCAAAAGAGCAGAUCUUAGCCUUUCGCUUCCUGGCUGGGAUAGGCGGAAGUGCAACGAUUGGGAUGGGCAGUGGCGUACUGGCAGACUGCUGGAAACCAGAGGAGCGAGGCAAAGGCAUAGCUUUUAUGCAAUUCGCUCCCGUCUUGGGUCUCGCAGUCGGGCCUAUUGCCGGCGGAUAUAUCUCCCAAUACGCAACCUGGCGGUGGACCUUCUGGUCCGUGGUUAUCCUAAAUUUCACAGUCCAAGCCAUAGCCUUGAUAUGUCUCCGAGAAACAUACGCGCCGCGACUUCUACACCAAAAGGCUAAACGUCUCCGCAAGCUCUACAACGAUCCAUCCAUUCAAACGGAAUGGGAAAAGCAGGAACGUACACUUUGUGUCGUUCUCAAAACCAGUAUGUCCCGGCCGUGGAUCAUGCUUGCGACUCAACCUAUUAUUCAAAGUCUCGCGCUGUACCAAGCCUUCAAUUUUGGACUGCUUUAUCUCAUCAUCUCCAGCUUUCCGCGGUUGUGGGAGCAUCAGUACGGGAUGCAAAAGGGGCAUGCGAGUCUCAACUACAUCUCUAUUGCCCUCGGCGCUUUGAUCGGGGUGUUGAUUUCCGCCCCAGCAAUGGAUUUGAUUUAUAAAAGACUCAAAUGUCGCCGCGGUAUUGACGGAGAAAAGCAGGGAGUCCCAGAGUUCCGCGUUCCCUUGAUGGUUCCCGCUUCUAUCCUUACGCCCUGUGGGAUAUUGCUUUUCGCCUGGACUGCACAGAGCAAAAUGCACUUUAUGCUUCCCAGCGUGGGCAUAGCUAUCACUAUCGGUAGCAGCAUGGUCUCCUACCAGUGUAUAUCGGCUUACAUCGCCGACUGUUAUUGUCUCCACACUGCGUCGGCGUCCGCAGCUUGUUGCUUCAUGAGAUCCAUGUUUGCUUUCGCGUUCCCGCUGUUUGCCCCGGCCUUGUUUAGGAAUCUUGGCUAUGGCCGAGGCGGGAGUUUGCUGGCAGUCAUUGCUGUGGUGGUUGGUGUGCCAGCGCCUUUACUGCUUUGGAAAUAUGGAGCAAAGCUGCGGGCUCAAAGUAGAUUUGGUGUUUCUAAAUAA